CGACCUCAAUCCAAGAACUCCCUCCAUCACCGUCACUCACAUCCCCAUGGCAUCCCGGCGGUUAGCUCUCAACCUUACUCAAGGAUUGCGCAACCGCGCUGCCCUCAAUGCCGUCGCCCCAUUGAAGAGGGGCUUUGCCACGCCUGUCGUGAAAAAUGGCGUGAAGACGGAAUCCACAACUCUGUCCAACGGACUCACGAUUGCUACGGAGCACUCACCAUGGGCACAGACGUCGACUGUCGGGGUGUGGAUUGAUGCUGGAUCUCGAGCGGAAACGGACAGGACCAAUGGCACAGCUCACUUCCUGGAACAUCUUGCCUUCAAGGGUACCAGCAACCGAACACAACAGCAAUUGGAGCUCGAAAUCGAGAACAUGGGCGGUCAUCUGAACGCCUACACAUCCCGUGAGAACACAGUAUACUAUGCCAAGGCCUUCAACGCAGAUGUACCCGCUACUGUCAACAUCCUUUCCGAUAUCCUGCAAAACUCCAAGCUCGAGCCCCAAGCAAUCGAGCGAGAGCGAGACGUUAUAUUGAGAGAAUCAGAAGAGGUGGACAAGCAACUGGAGGAAGUCGUAUUCGACCACCUACAUGCAACAGCUUUCCAAGGACAACCUUUGGGCCGUACAAUUCUAGGCCCGGCCGAAAACAUCCAAAGCAUUCAGCGAGACGAUUUGGUCAACUACAUCAAGACAAACUACACAGCUGAUCGUAUGGUCCUAGUUGGUGCUGGAGGUGUUCCUCACGCUCAACUCGUCGAGCUUGCUGAGAAGCACUUCUCGGGUCUAGCUACGGAGUCUUACACCAGUGAUGCCGCUGCUUACGCCGCUGCCCAGAAGAGAAAGCCGGACUUCAUCGGCUCUGAGGUCAGAAUCCGUGACGAUACUAUCCCAACUGCCAACAUUGCCAUUGCCGUGGAAGGCGUUAGCUGGAAGGACGAUGAUUACUUCACUGCUUUGGUUACACAAGCAAUUGUUGGAAACUGGGAUAAGGCAAUGGGCAAUGCUCCUCACAUGGGCAGCAAGCUUAGUGGCUUCGUCCACAAGAAUGACUUGGCCAACAGCUUCAUGAGCUUUUCAACAAGUUACAGUGAUACUGGUCUCUGGGGUAUCUACCUUGUCACCGACCAGCUUACCCGUAUCGAUGAUCUUGUUCACUUCACACUUCGCGAAUGGUCCCGGUUAUCAUACAACGUAACCGAGGCCGAGGUCGAGCGCGCCAAGGCUCAACUCAAGGCAUCAAUCCUCCUCUCCCUCGACGGUACCACGGCUGUGGCAGAAGAUAUCGGACGACAAAUCAUCACAACCGGUCGCCGCAUGGGCCCAGAAGAGAUCGAGCGUGUCAUUGGUGCUAUCACGGAGAAGGACGUUAUGAGCUUUGCUCAAAGGAAGUUGUGGGAUCAAGACGUGGCUGUCAGCGCCGUGGGAAGUAUUGAAGGUCUCCUCGAUUACAAUAGAAUCCGCAACGACAUGUCGAGAAAUGCAUAAGCGGGGUAGACACGGGCAGAAAUACUGGGGGUUGUUAGAGUGUAUAGUGCGAGAUAGCGCAGCUUGUUGUUUGUACACAUAGGUUCCAUAAGAUGAUUCCAUCCCCUUGCAUGACGCUGAUGUUUGUUCUAUAACCUGGGGAGUACAAGAUAC